AUGGAAAACUCGGGGAACUAUCGGAGGGUUGAUGGAGACACUGUCGCGAAGGAAAGAAGUAGAAACUAUCGUAGGGUAGAAGGAGAGGCUGUCGGAAGAAAAAAAGAGGAAUCGUCGAAGGGUUUAUGGAGCAAGUGUUUGAGGGUAUUUGUAGGAACUGUCGGAGGAAUGAUGAAAGAUGUGAACCUACAUGAAGAUCGAGAUUUACAGAUUUGUCUUGGACACAUAACAGACUCCAGGCUCACACAACCAAACCCAUCCAUCCUUAACUCAGGUAUUGGCUCAUCCAGCUCAGGGUCUCGGGUCAGUCAUUCCAGCUCAUCCAACAAUUGCUCAGAUACCAGUCAUCCCAUCCGUUCUACAGAUUCAUCGUUUAGUCAUCCUGCUCCCAGUAAUAGCACAGAUGUAAGACUAAUGCAGGCUCAAUCUCUUCUAAGCUCAGGCUCACGAUUGAGUUAUACCGAACCCAUCUCCGACCCUCGACUCCAAUAUCCAGAAUCCGCUCAAAAUUCUGAAUCCAGACUUACACACCAUGACCCAUCCAAUCCCCGGAUAAUUCCCCGCUCCGAUUCUCUUAAACCUGAAUUAAAUAAUUCAGUCCAACCACCUGGUGGCACAAAUAUACUUCAAGUAAACCUAAACUCUGAAUCCUGGAUUCAUCCGCCUCCGACAAAUGUAGAAAUUCAUUCUGAUUCACCUUUUAUUUCUCCGCCCGCCAACCCUGUAAUUUGUCCGCCGGAGUUUUCAGAUUAUAAUGCGAGCAAUCCAGCUUCUCCAGCCAGCCGAUACAACAUAAACCAAUCCAUCAAUCAAUCUGAUACUCGUACAACUGAGAUUAAACCUGUCAACUCUCUGCCAUUCAUUGUUCAAAACCAGCCCUGCUCAUUUACCCACCCAGAGAAGUGGUCAAUCCAACCAAACCCGUCACAGGACGCUAGAAGGCAUUCUCAAAAAAUCUCUAAAAUUCAUUCUGAAACUAUCCGACGGCAUUCUAACUAUGAAAACUUAAAUCAGAAAACAGAUUCUAACUCACUAAAAUCAAGUUUUAAUCAUCUAAAUUUAAAAUUUGAUCAACCCCAAUUAAGCGAUGGAGAAAAUCAAUUAAAAUCAAAUCAAGAAGGAGUUAAAAUUAAAACGAGCUUGGAAUCAAAUCUUUUAAAUCGAAGUCACAACAACGUUUUCAUCAGCCAAGAGAAAUUUCCUCAAAACUACAGGUUUGAAUUAAAAGAUAUCCACGAUAUCAAAGAGAACACGGAGUCAACAAUUCUUUCAUCACCUCAUACCGAACCCUCUAGACAUCACUGUCAUUCUCAUCAUCACAAUCUUACACAGGUUCAUCCUAUACCCACUCCUCAAACUGGAUACCUGGAACACAAAUCAUCCAGUCCUAAACUAAACCUGGAGCAAGGAUCAUGGCAUAAACUAGACCUGGUUCACAAUUCCUCAAGCUGUAAAAAAGACCUGGAGCAAGGAUCAUGGCAUAAACAAGACCUGGAGCUAGGAUCAUGGCAUAAACUAGACCUGGAACAAGAAUCAAGGUCUAAACUAGACCUGGAACAAGAAUCAAGGUCUAAACUAGACCUGGAGCACAACUUAUCAAGGUCUAAACUAGACCUCGAGCAGGGAUCAAGGUCUAAACUAAACCUGGAGCAAGAAUCAAGGUAUAACCUAGACCUGGAGCAAGGAUCAAGGUCUAAACUAGACCUAGAUUUAGAAUCAGAGGAAAACCAGACACUAGAACGGACUGAGACAAGGGUUUGCUCUUCUCUACAAUUAGAUAGAAAAUUGGAUGAUCUGAAAGAUCUGAAUGAACUGAAUGAACUGAAUGAGGAUGAAGAGGAUGAGGAUGAAUCAUCAGACAACAAACUUCUGAUCAUCCCACCCUUCUCUCCUUCCCAGUCAUCCCUGUCAUCCUUUCAUCCUUUCCACUCCUCUCAUCAGAAACCCCCCAGUCAUCCUAACCUGGUUGACCGGCUCGUGAAGCUGGGUAGCCAGCCUCAUCUAUCUGACCGGCUUGGCAAACUUGGCAGUCAAUCCUUUCUUCCAGACUUUAUUACGCUCAACAAUAAACCAAAAAGAACUCCUUCCGAGCAGUUAGAUGAAGACCUGGAGCUGGGUUCUCCGGGUUCCCCUCAGGAGACUAUUCUUCCAACCCGGAUACCUGGAGACCUAACCCUCGGGACUAAACCGGUCCGGGGAUCAUGCUUCAAAAACAGGGUGGAUUCAUACAGUGGAUCUUUGUGUGAUGCUUAUAUCAGUGAGUUCAAAUCUCCUAAUUCUCGUCUCUCCUCUACACAAUACAGUUUCUCAUUAGAACGGAUAGACACCUCAAGGCAGAAAAGUACAAGAAACGCUGAGACCCAAACUAUCUCAACCCUAAGUGAUAAUAGAUUUGAGAUAUCUAGAUAUGGGGCUCAGGAGAUUAGAACUUUAAACUUUAAUCUCUCAGAUAAAGCGAGAUCUUUAUCUUCAACUAGUGAUGAGAUUCAAGGAGUACAAAGAGAUUCAGUUAAAGGGAGAGAUGUUCAAAUUAGUGAUUUUGAGAUUCAUAAUGGACAGGACAUGGAAAUACAUAGAGGGAAGGUGUAUGCAGGUGUAUGCAGUGAGAUAGUUAGCGAAGGAGUAGAUGAAGAAGGAGAGAAAGAAGGAGAAGGAGGAGGAGAAGGAUGGGAGUCAAUUGACUCCUACGAAAUGGUUGAAUAUGGAAUCAAUCCUUUUAAUUCUUCACCAACACUUAAACACUCCAGAAGAAAAAGUUGCCUUUGCUGGAAUUCAGAAUCCAAUCCAAGAUCUGAAGCUGUAGAGGCGGAGAGGGAUUCAGGGGGCACAGAGAGUAUGGACAGCGAAUACAUGGUUCGGAACUACAUGACGUACACUCCUGAGAAGCGUGGAGGAGAGAAACUAUUUACCGGAUUCCUUCUCCUCGCAACUCUUCUAUCUGUCGUCUUCCUUUUCUACUAUCAAAACUUCACAGCGGGACUUCUUCACUAACAGAACGCGGCAUUUAUUUUAAAUAGAUUUUAGACGUAAUUUUAUGUAACUCUACAUUUAUGUCCAAUACACGAUGGUAUCCUUUAAACCCUUAAAGCAACUAUAGUUGAAUUCGGACAAUUUCCUAGAUUGUUUCUUCAGUUUAAAUCUGCAUCUGCCAUUUAAAGGAAAAUCCAGAAUUAAAAAUAAUAAUUUUUUUAUUUUAAUCAGCAUAGACAGAUACAGGUUGAAGAGUACUGUCGUGAAUGGACACAAAAAAUGCAAGAAUAAUUGAAAUUACUUCUACAAUAAUAUGAAUAUCUAUUGUUUCAUUUGUUUUAUAAAAAUCAAAAUAAGUACAUUGAUAAAUUCCAAUGCUCAACAAAUGACAUUAAAUCUGAAAAGGGUUGAAAUUGUAAGUUGUAACGCUUAAUGAAGAAAACCCUAACACCACAUAAAAGAUGGAUUUUGAUCGUUUCCCUUGCUCGAUCACCUGGACUACGUAAAAACCAUAUUGUAUUUCGAAACUAUUUUUAAAAACUUUUUGACUUUAUAAUCCAACCGAUUAGAGACACACAAAUAGAGAUGCAUGAUAUUAGAGGCUUGAGUGCUUCUUUAGACCCAAAUAUUUAGAAAAACAGAUAUUUUUUUAUUUGAUUUUAUUAUGAAAAAUGUUCAUGGUUAUUAAAAUUGUUAUGCUCUAUACAAAUGCAGUAAAAAGCGCUGUAGAUAUAUUUUUGAAAUUACUUUAUCAGGAAAAAAACUCCAAAAUUUUCAAAAGCAAAAAAAACUAUUUAAUCUACUUUUUUUAAAUAUUAUUCACAAUUAGCUUUCUUUUUGUAACGCUUUUGCUUACAUGCUUAAGAAGUUAAAAAACGUUGUAAUUAUAAAAAAAAGUUAAUGGUCAAGUUUGCUGGGUUUUAAGGUUGGAAAGAUUUUUAAAAAUCAUAAAAAGUUGAAAUCUAAUUCUGAAAAGUUUAAAUGUGCAAAGGAUCAGGGCAAGCGAGGCUAAAAUGAGAAACAGAAUGUUUAUUAACCACCAUAUUGUGCACUGUUUUCAAGUUUGGAGAUGG